ACUUGGGAAGUUUUCAGAGUCUCACUCUGCUGUUCAGAAUUUGUGCUCAAAACUGAGGAGCUAAGCCACUUGCCAAAAUGUGCAAAGGACUUGCGGCUUUGCCCCACUCAUGCCUGGAAAGGGCCAAGGAGAUUAAGAUCAAGUUGGGAAUUCUCCUCCAGAAGCCAGACUCAGCUGUUGACCUUGUCAUUCCAUACAAUGAGAAGCCAGAAAAACCAGCCAAGACCCAGAAACCUUCCUUGGAUGAGGCCCUGCAGUGGCGUGACUGCCUGGACAAGCUUCUGCAGAACAACUAUGGACUUGCCAGCUUCAAAAGUUUCCUGAAGUCUGAAUUCAGUGAGGAGAACCUUGAGUUCUGGCUUGCCUGUGAGGACUACAAGAAGAUCAAGUCCCCUGCCAAGAUGGCUGAGAAGGCAAAGAAAAUUUAUGAAGAAUUCAUCCAAACUGAGGCUCCUAAAGAGGUGAAUAUUGAUCACUUCACAAAGGACAUCACCAUGAAGAACCUGGUGGAACCUUCUCUGAGCAGCUUUGAUGUGGCCCAGAAGAGAAUCUAUGCCCUGAUGGAAAAGGAUUCACUGCCUCGCUUUGUGCGCUCUGAGUUUUACCAGGAAUUAAUCAAGUAGUAGUUCAGUCGGGCUGUGAGAAUCACCCUGUGAGUUACUUCCUCCUUAAUACCCUGCGUUUUCCAGCAGCCUGCGUAUCUUCCCACAGCAGCUUCAUUCAAAGAUACCCAAAUGGGGAAAACCCCAGUGAGCGCUGCUUACUCUUUCUGUGCACUUUGAUGUUUAUCUGUCCUCUGAAUGCCUUCCUUUCUUGGGGGUCUUCUUCCUGUCUUGUCCUUAAUUAAGUUCUACACAGUGUGUUCUUGUCAAAGCUAAUCAGAAUUGCAGAAACAUUCUGCUAAAGGCAUGCAAAUACAAGACAAGAAUAUGAUAUCAUUGAAUGUAGGUCCAUUUGUUUAGGGUAACGAAUUCUCCAUCUAAACCGGUCUGAAAAGAAUGUGGAUGUAGAAAGACCAAUUUCAAGUGAGAUUAAUUGAUCUCAUUUGUUGUUUUAAUUCUGACCCGGGGCAACCAGUCCUGUAUUUCUGAUUUUGGUUAGUAAAAGGUGAAACGAAUUUUAUGAAGCAGCCAUUAUUUGAUUUUUUUAAGCAAAUACAUUAUGUAAAAUAUCAAUUUUCCCUUUAGAGGGUCUUUGUGUUGGCUGGAGGUCACUAACAAGGGAUAUAACCAUGAAUGUUUCAAAAUCAAUCUGAACACAAUCCAUAUUGAUUCUUUCCUUAUAUCUCUCUUAUACUCCCCCACAACCCGGUCACCAUAUUCUUUAGUAAAUCAAUGACCUGGCAACAGAGUAUUUAAUAAAUGUAUAUAUGCCCUUCGUAUUUAGGAGCAAUGUUUCAAUUUUCAAAUUAUUUUAAAUCCAUGUGAGUAUAAAAUUCCAAAAUUUUCAACUCCAAUCAUGUCAAAUGAAACAGAUGCUGUCCAACACUAUGUCCCUUACCUCAAUAUCAGGAGAGCUAUACACUAAGAUGGAAAAAUUCUGUCAAGCCUAAAAUGGUUAAUUACCCUAUGAUGCCAUCUGUUUGUUUAGAAAAUGAUGAUUUUCUUCAAAAUACCAAAUUAUCUUUAUAAUUUGACUACAUAUGAAGGCUUUCUAAGUAAGACAGAGUUUCAAAGGACCCUGCAUUUUGUGAAAUGAUUAACUUCUUUUUUAGCAUCCCAUCUUGCUUCCCUACUCUGUUCCCUCCAUUAGCAGAUCGUAUUUAUCCUGAAAGUGCACAGUUAUGCCCCAAUGUACCUUGCACACAGCUGACUGAUAGGCCGUGGUAUUUUUUAGUAGUUUUUACCCUUUAAUUCUGUCUUUCAUUAUUGUUAAGGCUUGCUAGAUCUUUUUUAUUGUCUUUAGUAGAUUUGAUUAAGUAGUGAUUUACAUAAUUUAGUAAUAAAGAGAAGCAAGCUAACCAUGUACGAGGCUAACCAACAUGAGGAUGUUGAGUAAUUUUGAAAGAAAGUAGCCGUGAAAGGAUGAAUAAAGUUCUGAAAUUUUGAAGGAGAAGAUCACAUUGUUUAGUCUUGUAUUUCCUCCUUUCACAUUCUUUUCUUCUCCACACACUCAUGAUUUUCCAUGUUUAUGGCCCAUUUAUUCAAUUGUUUCCUAAGAAUACUGAAAGCGAAGCAGCCAUGUUAUUGUAGUCUCUAGGCGAACUCUGGUUGUGUUGGCUGGCUCUUCUCUGUGUUUGCUCUUUGGAAGGAUAGCGUGCCCUUCCGAAUACUUGCCAUUUCACAUUCUGAGAGUGGGUUGGAGUGAGUGGGUCCACUGCCAACAGUUGCCAAUGUGGUGAGAGUCCUUUCAUAGUUGGAAACAUUGCUCACUUCAGAGAUACUUGUCACCAAGCAGUCAACAGCUAGUCCAAAUCAACACUGUGAGCAUCAAGAAAUCCUCCCUGCAUACAUUUGUGUAGAAGUGACACACAAUUCAGAGCAGAACUUCCUGGCACCACCUUGCUCAGCAUCUGUCUACACUGCCCAAAUUGGCAUCAAAUCUCCAGCCCUUUAUUUUCUCAUGCAGCUAGAAAUGUUAAGAACCCAAGGAUCUAGGUGAAUUAUUGUUCUUGGAUGCCAAAGCAUUUUUAAGCAGAAUGUUAAUUGAAUUGAAAAUUCAAAAACUUUUUAUUCGCAUGAUUUCAAAGAGCCAAAUGUUUGAAAAUACCCAGAAAAUGUACUAGCUAUUACAGAGCUCACCCAGCUGGUUAAUGUUACACAGACCCAGAUCAGCUGUAUUCACCAACUGACUACACACCCUAUGUCAGUGGGUAGGACUUGUGGGUGUAGAGUAAGGAGGGCCUUCCCCUUUUCAUAGGCUGAACUCAGGAGGCAAAGGGCAGGAAAAGCACCACCACGAGGACGACAGUGAAGGAAAAAAAAAGAUUGAAUGCUUUCCAGUCAAACGAUGGCAUGUAAUAUAUACCAAUAUAGGAUUUUAAAUUUAUAGUUUACACACACAUUAGAAACUAUUCUAACACAUGAAGUGAUAAAAUUGAAAGGAAUACAAGUAUGACAACCUAAAACAAGAAAGCAAUCAUAUCAAAAUUGCCCCCAAAAAGUUCUUUCUAAUCUUUUUAAGGUGCUGUUAAACUUAGGAAAAAGAUGGGGGGGAGGGAGGAAACAGUGUUACUGGAAGUUUCCGUGGUAACACAAAGAAAAUAACAUUCUUUUAGUUCUGGGAAAUUAGAGAAACUGGGAUCGUCUUUCCAGGAAGAAAAAGAAAUGUGUAACAUCUCUUUAUCACUCCUUCUCCCUCCCCACUUCCCUCCCCACUUUCUCUCGAGUAAAUUUCUGGGAAAGCAAGAAACUAUAUGCAAGAGUCCUGUUGGGCUUGGUGCUCUCAUUUUCCUCCCUCGUGGAAAUGGAACUACAGUCGUAAGUGAUCUGGGAUGUAGAGAGGUAGCGGAGCCAAACUGUGGUCAAUGGGAAGAGGAGUACACACUUCUCACGCUUGAAAGAAACCCAAGAUGAGGCCGGGGAGUGGCCCACAACCUAAGAUUUUCUGCCUGGGCUUGAUACAGUUUGAGGUUGACGUCAGUUUAGGGUCCAAAUUGGACCAGAGUAAAGAGUUAGACUGUUGAUUCUAAUGAAAAUUAAGAGGCUGUGUUUAUCUACUAAAGCAGGGCUCGCUCACAUGAACAACACACAUACACACACACACAUACACACACACACACACACCCCUUCUCCCAGACAGACCUUCUGAGACGGAGAACUGACGCCUUUCAGUUCCUUUGCUUUCACAUCAGUAACAUCAAAUAUAUGGAAACGUUUUGCUCCCCAUGCCCUGCAAACUCUAAUUCUCUAUCGUGUAAAUUAUACUAUCAGUAGAGUUCAGUGUUUAGUGCAUAAUGAGAGAAACUUGGUGAAAGAAAUUGUUUUUAUUUUUACGCUCUUAAAUCUGUGGGUUUUCUUGGUUGAUGGGUUCUCUCUCUAGACUCCGUUUCAGCAUGAUGGGGUUAUUAGUUGUCUCCCAAGGAAUAAUAGCUGUUCGGAAGUUUCAGUAAAAACUCGACCAUCACCACAUCAACAGAUACCCUCAGAAGCGUCCCCUGCCAGGACUUUGUCAAAUUAUCUGUCCCAUCACAGGUUUGAUCAUGAAAAUUAUUUAACACACUAUCUGUAUUUAGCCGCGCAUUCUCCCUGUUUGCUGGGACUUAGCAACUUUGGGAGAUAAAGGCUCAGCGGAAGAACAGGAAGAGAGGACAGAAGGGUAGUGGUGAAGAAGGGAGUGCCCACACCUAAGAAGUUAAUCCAUUUACUAGGAAACACUUAAGAACAGCUCCCUUUGACUGAAUAUCAAACCACAUUUUGCUGUCAUCACUAGGAUUUGCAAACAAGGCAUUCUUUGAAUCAGUGCAGCUAGAUGAGGAAAUUCAUUUUCAAAUCCUAGAGAGUCUUGAUUAGAAGGAAAAAUAGAUGUAGAGGAUCGGUUUUCCCCACUUGGGUCACCUGAGCGGGGGAACAGAGAGUGGAGAACUGAGUUUCCAACCGUCUAAACCCAAGAGCCAGGGAACUCUGUGUAGGUUCUGGACGUGAGGUCCUCAUGCAUCUCAGUAUAUCCUGACUGACUUGUCAUUAGACCUCUCUGGUUUCCGGUCUCCAUUCUAUUGGAUAAACAUGUACAUGACACUUGGGAGGAGGCUCUUCAGGUAACAAUUUACAGCUGUUGCUUGGGUUCAACAUACUUUUCCUCAAAUAGGGCAUGUGGCAGUCCAGAGCAAUUGAUAGCCAAGGACAGUCCUCCCUCAGUAUCAGUGAACCAUCGUACAACUGAAAAGAUCAGCUCUUCCAACUGAGGAGAAAUUUGCAGCUUUGGAAACUCAGAGCAGAGAGUGAAGGGAAAAAAAUGUCUUGGGAAUAUUAUCCUCACCUCACAGUUUAAUAAUAAUUUUCUUAUCUUAUUUUUCUAGUAGAGAAGCUACACAUCAAGCUUAUUCAAAUCCAGUUUAAGAAGCCUCUUGCAAGUUACUUGUUUUCUCACUUGAGGUAUUUUCCCUCCCCACCUCACCCCUAUACCCCCCUUUCUCUUUUCCCCCUGCAAGAGGAAACAUUUAAUAUAGCAGAGUCUAAUCACAGUCAUGUCAUAAUGGAGAUAUUAAAAGCAUUUAACUUCCUGUCUAGGAAAAUGUAUAAGCUAAGGCAUAGACAAAACAGUGGGAAAUGCUGAGAAAUUUUCCAAUGGAGAGAAAUAAUCUGGAUCAUUUUUUGCAAAAAGUUCUUUUUAUGUUAUAUAGUAUCAGGAUUUGGGAAAACUAAAUUUUUUUCUAAAUUCUGGAACCCACAUCUUCAGGAGACAUAUGCCAGAGACAGGAGUAGAAAUGAAAGGUUGAAAAUCCAUCUGUCAGCAUUUAUCCUGUAAAUUUUUCAUUUAGAAACAAUUGUAUCUAUCUUCUGAUUUUGUAGUCAAUAUGUUGUGUACUGUGUGACUCAUACUUCUUGGUAAAUAAAGCACCAAACAUGUAUCUGUAACCAUGAUCACGUAUAUUGUAUUAAAUAUAUAUCU